AUGGAAAAAGAAGUGCCGCUGUACUUGCCGGAAGGCAUAAUCCACCAUAUAUUCUCUUUUCUCAACACAAAACAGAGAGCCCAAGCAAGCCUUUUAUCCAAGGCUUGGCUGAAGGCAUGGCGCACAAACCCCAGAUUAGAUUUUGAUGAUCGGUACUUCCACCAAAUAAAGAACCCUGUUUGUAAAUUUUUCGAGGAUCAACGAAAUUGCUCACUUAAGCAUCCAGGAAAUUGCUCGAGUUGUGAAGAGAAGUUCAGGGCCCAUGUUAGCAAUUAUACUUUGUUGCGGAAACAUGCUUACCAAGAUCAUCAUAUAGAGGAGUUCAAUCUUUCCAUGACCUUGAUCAAGGACGAUUAUGUGGCUUGUGACCUGAUCAACACAUGGCUUGGGUUUGCUGUAGAAUUUGGUGUCAAAGUCCUUCAAGUCACUCUGCAUCAAGGUCUGUAUUCAUCGUACACUCUGGCUAUUGGUGACAUAUUACCUAAGGCUGAAUCAUUAACAGAGUUACGGGUUAAAACUUGUAGAUUCCCAAUGCAGAUAUAUAGUGAAAGGAAUAUUAUGUGCAAGAAUAUCAAGGUAUUAAAAUUUGAAGAAGUCUACAUAACUAACGAGAUGUUUCAUUGCUUAAUUGCGGGUUGCCCCUCGAUCAAUGAUUUGGUGAUCAUUGAUUGCAGGGGCUUGAACAAAAUCGAGUUGAUCAAUCUUUGCAGCCUCAAAAAACUUCGUAUAUAUGUAAAGAAUGAUUUAAACAUCAAAGUUGAUCAAGCACCUUGUCUUGAGAAUGUUGAGUUGCUGUCUUUGGAAUGGAUGAAUUUUGUUCAACUGGGCACAUCUCCAAAUUUGAAGAGCUUAUCACUAUAUAGUGGCAGAUGUAUCAGAAAUGGUCAAUUGUUCGAUGACUUCGUGACUAAAUUUCCUCGUCUCGAGUAUCUGAGAGUUAUAGAAUCAGGUAGCUUUGCUGGCUUGGAAAGAAUAAAUCUAACAAGCCACUCGCUGAAGCACAUACACUGGUUUUCAAAUUCAGAAACGCCCAAAGAAUUAGAUAUUGAUGCUCCAAGCCUUGCAUCUUUCUCAUAUAGCAAUCAAAUCAUCCCAAAUUUAUCUUUUGCAAGUGCUUCAAGCAAUAUGAGGUCUUGUAUAUCUAUAUGCUGCCCUCAUCUCAUUGACUACUCGUGGUUUCUGAGGUUGUAUAAGCUGGUGUUGAAUUUGGUUCCGUCUAGAAUAUCACUUGGCAUCGAACUCCCUCACGCUAAACAUGGCUUCCAAGAGACCAUAGAAGACAGAUUGAUUGCGAUGAUUGCGAGUACUUGUGUUCCUGUUCAAGUUGAGGAACUCAAGUUAUAUACGGUGGCCAAGUGGUCACCAAACAUUGAUGAGCAUAGUUGUAUUAAUCUUAUUGAUGGUUUGUUAUUGGCAUGUCAUCCUAAGACUUUAGUCUUGCCGAAAACGAAGGUACAUCUAAGUGCUGGCAACUUCAUGAUCAAGUACUUGCUCAACAUGCUGGCUGACAGACGGGAUGAGGAGUCCUGCAAAUCUACCUGCACUAAAUUAUGGCAGAAUGAUCUAAAGAAAGUAGUUAUCAAGCAGCCGCCUCUGGACUGCAACACUUCGCUGGAUGAAUCAGUGAAUUUUGAGAGUGGGAAGAUGCAGAUUAUUUUUGCUUUAGAAUGGGAUGAUAAUGCAUCUUUGAAUUCAAGCAAGGCCCGAGUACGUAGCAGAUACCUUGAGCCUUGA